GACGAGCGGGGCCUUUUCUUCUACGACCGCGGCCGUAGGUCUGAGAGUGACUGUCCUGAGCCGAGAGGGGAGUCGACCUGGUGGCCAACCAGAUGGGGGUGCUUCCCGGAGUCGCAAAGAAUAUGAAAGUGGUAUUCCACCCAGAAUGGAAGUAUGUCCUUAUUGUAAGAAGCCAUUUAAACGAUUAAAAUCUCACUUGCCAUAUUGUAAGAUGAUACAGCCAGUUACACCUGCGGAUCAAAAUGUUUGUCAGUCCAAGCAGGCUACACUCCCACCUGCUAAAAAAAUAAAAAGUCCAGUAAAAGACUUAAUUAAAGUUAACGGGAAAGAGUUGGGGACAAAGCGUGAGAAAAGAAACACUAAGUUGAUAAGGGGCAAACCAGAACAGACGGUUAAGUCCUUUCCACUACCAGCUAUUGGUCUGGAAAGAACAAGUAAUAGAAAGGCAUGUAAAGACAUCAAGAAUCAAAUUCAAUUCUCACUCAAAAUGUUAAAAAACCCUGAACCAAAGGAUUUGUUCAAGGAAGAAACGAAGGCUCAGUUGUAUGCAUCAAGGACCACUAUUCCUAAAAGAGAACUUGCCAAAGAUUUGCCUAAAUCACAGGAAAGUAGAAGUAAUCCUUCAGAAACUAAAACAUCUUUACCUUUUGGCCCAAUGGAAACUUCUUUGUCAAAUCAAGAUAGAAACUAUACUUCAGCCUUACCUCAUGAUGUACAAACGACUUCUACUGAUCUGAACUUGGACAAAAUUGAUCCCUCAAGGCAGAAGCUUCUAGUAAAGUUACUAGCUAUGCCUGUUGGAGAUUAUCAUAGUUCUCCCAUGAAUCUCAGUGAUGGAGAUAAAAGAGUAAGAACGUCAUGUUCAGGCGAUGAGAGAGGUCCCAAGGCCAGGGACCACCUCUCAGAAGUCUAUUCUGAUGUUAGAGACUUGGAGAGUGAAGAAAAGAAUAUGAAGUCACAAAUUUUAGGUUUUAAAGUUAGCCCAUUGGGUAAAAUCCAAGUCAAGGAGAACCCAGGAAAAGGACUUCACCUUGGAGUAGAGGCAUGUGAGAGCCAAAGACAUGCAGAGAAAAGUGUAUCUGCGGCAGAAACGCAGGAAUGCUCUUCCAUGAGCAGUGACUCUAAGAACAACUUCGGUACAGAUGAGUCAGCUACAGAGAAGAAAUCUCGAGAUGAGGGUCCCAAUUUAAAUCUGUUCAAAGCAAGGGAGACAACUUGCAGUGAGUUUCUUCCUGUGUCACAGUCACGUAAUCAAAGUCUUGCCUCUCUGGCCAUAAAAUUUCUUCAAGAGGAGAAAGCAGAAGCCUUUAAUCAUAAUCAAGUCCCUGAUGUAAAGGCACUGAUGGAGUGUGAGGAGCCAGUGUCCGUGGUGACUAAAUCUGGCCUUGCGCUCCAAGCCUCAUGCCCUGAGUGCCAGCAGUUUCUCCCUUCAACCCAGCGUUAUACUUCUAAAAGCCUCGUCACCAGGCAGAUGGAUGUGGACAGGAAAACCCUUCCUAGUUCCUUGGGGCUAGAGUGGUUUCCAGAGCUCUAUGCUGGUUAUCUUGGACUAGGGGUGUUGCCAGGGAAGCCUCAGUAUUGGAAUUCAGUGGCCCAGAAGCCUCAGCUCAUCAGUCCCCAGGGAGAAAGACUAUCACAAGUUCCUUUGUUGGAAAGAAGUUGGACUGCUCUGUGGAGUGGGGAACCCCUGACCAGGCUUACCACCUCCAGCGUCUCUCUGGUGAGGCCCUUGGGAGCUGUGCAGAAAGGCUGGAUCAAGUGCAGCAGCACCCUGAAGAGUGGAGUUGGUGGCGUCACAAUGCUCUUUACAGGAUACUUCGUUCUCUGUUGUAGCUGGAGUUUCAGACAUCUGAAGCUGCCUCGCUGGCGUUAGUAACAUUGACCUGGAUGCCACUUGAGAACGCCCUGGAGCGCCAAGGAGCUUGCACCAAAGAGACAACUCUGGACCAUUUUAUAACUUCCAGUUCUACUGCAGGCUGGAAGAGGGAAGGGAAAGAAUAAAUUAUUGAAUCUA